CGGCGGGAUAAAACCCAGCAUGUGUGAGGGGACGGGGGCAUUGUGAGACAUGGAGAGCAUACGGCCUGCCGCUGCUCUGAGGAGCAUCUUCCUGCUGCUUGCCUUCUGCCAUACUACUCUGCAAGGAGGAGUGCCUGGUGCUGGUGUAGGAGGCCAAUUUUUUCCAGGAGGGGCAGGAGCAGGGGUAGGAGGGGUAUAUCCAGGGACUGGAUUGGGAGGAGCUGGUGUACCAGGAGCAGGUGCAGGCUUAUAUCCUGGCGGAAAACCUCCCAAACCGGGUGUUGGUGGCCUCGGAGCUGGUGGCGUGGGUGCUGGAGGCUAUGGUGCAGGUGGUCUUGGAACUGGUGUCUAUGGUGCUGGUGGCGUAGGAGCUGGUGGUCUAGCAGCUGGUGCAAAGCCUCCAAAACCAGGUUAUGGAGGCCUUGGAACUGGUGUAGGUGGUGUUGGUGGUGUCGGUGGUGUUGGACCUGGUUACGGAGGCCUUGGAACUGGUGUUGGUGGUGUCGGAGGAGUUGGUGCUCCCGGGGCUCAGCAGGUAGAAGCAGAGCCGUCAGAAGGUGCUCCCGGGGCUCAGCAGGUAGAAGCAGAGCCGUCAGAAGGUGGUGCAGGAGUUCAAGGAGUCAAACCAGGAAAAUUGCCAGGUGGAGUUGCUGGUGGAUAUCCUGGUGGUCUUGUACCAGGUGGGGUUCCCGGUGGAGUUCCUGGUGGAGUUCCCGGUGGAGUUCCCGGUGGAUUUCCUGGUGGUCUGGUACCAGGUGCUGGUGGAGUUAUUCCAGGAGUGACCACAGGAGUAGUAGUUCCACAGACUGGUGGCCAGCCAGGAGCAGGAGGAAAGCCAGGAAAACUGCCAGGUGCUGGAAUUCCCGGGGUCUUCCCUGGAGGAGUGUUACCAGGAACAGGAGUACGAUACCCUGGAGUUGGUGUUCUUCCUGGUGUGCCAACAGGAACCGGAGUGAAACAGAAAGCGCCAGGUGGUGGCCUGUUAAAUGGAAUUCCAGGAUUUGGUGCAUAUGGUGGCCAGCAACCUGGCGUCCCUCUUGGAUAUCCUAUAAAAGCACCCAAACUUCCAGGAGGAUAUGGGCUUCCAUACACAUCAGGAAAACCUGGAGGAUAUGGCGGUUAUGGUCAGGCUGGUUUGGGAGCUGGUGGAAAAGCUGGAUACCCCACAGGAACCGGGGUUGGUUCUCAAGCAGCAGCAGCAGUAGCAGCAAAGGCAGCUGCCAAAGCAGCGAAAUAUGGGGCUGGAGGCCAGCCUGGGGCUGUACCUGGAACCGGAGUUGUACCUGGAGGUGUCCCUGGUUUAACUCCUGGAGGUGGUGCUGUUCCUGGUGUUGUGCCCGGUUUAUAUCCUGGAACUGGUGUUCUACCAGGAGGUGGUGCAGUGCCAGGAGCAGGUAUACCCCAAGUUGGAGUCCAGCCAGGUGCUAAACCACCUAAAUAUGGAGUCCCAGGCGGCGUGCCUGGAAGCGUACCAGGUGCAGGAGGUGUUCCUGGAGUGAGUGGAGUCCCAGGCGUUGGAGGCAUUCCCGGAGUUGGUGUUGGUGGUGUUGGUGGCUUAGGUGUUAAACCGCCUAAAACAGGAGCUGGGUAUGGAGCCGGAGGUGUCCCUGGAGCUGUGGCUGGACAGGGCGGUUUACCUACAGGAGGAGUGGGGAUUGGACCUGGAGGUUUACCUACAGGAGGAGUCGGGGGCGGACUAGGCGGACAAGGUGCUGGUGGUUACGUUAAACCCCCGAAGACAGGAGCUGGGUAUGGAACCGGUGGUGUCCCUGGAGCUGGUGUUGGAGGCCUGCCAGGUGGUGCUGGUGCUGGUGUUGGAGGGCUGCCAGGCGCUGGUCUAUAUCCAGGAGGAAAACCACCUAAACCAGGUUAUGGACUUGGAGCUGGUUUGGGAGCUGGAACUGGAACUGGAUUAUUACCUGGUGGUGGAGUAGGACCUGGAGGCGGAUUAAUACCAGGCGGUGGAGUGGGACCUGGAGCUGGAUUACAAACAGGAGCAGGCGGCAAACCACCUAAGCCAGCAGGCUAUGGAACAGGAGCAGGAUAUGGACCGGGCGCUGGAUAUGGAACAGGCGCUGGAUACGGACCAGGCGCUGGAUAUGGACCAGGCGCUGGAUAUGGACAAGGCGCCGGAUAUGGACCUGGAGCUGGAUAUGGACCUGGAGCUGGAUUGGGAGCCUUGUACCCCGGAGCUGGAGGAAAACCACCUAAGCCAGGCUUAGGAACAGGAGCAGGCUUAGGAACAGGAGCUGGAUUAUUGAGACCAGGCGGCGGAUUGGGAACAGGAACUGGAUUGGGACCUGGAGGGAUUGGAGCUGGAGGUGUGUACCCAGGCGGAAAACCACCUAAACCAGGUAUGGUUGCUCUAUCUGGUGCUGGUUAUGGACCCGGUGCUGGUUAUGGACCCGGUGCUGGUUAUGGACCCGGUGCUGGUUAUGGACCCGGAGCUGGAGCAGGACAAGGAGGAGUAGGAGGUGCUGGUGCUGGACAGCAAGGAUACCCCUUAGGAGCCCAAAAACCACCCAAAUCAUACUACAGAGGUGGCGGACUCUGUGGACAGGGGAAGUACUGCGGCCGGCGAAGGAAAUAACCAACCAGAGAGCUACGAGUAACCUCAUCAACUAUGGUGCUACUGCAUGGUGUGAAUGUAAAGCGAUCCAAGAAUCCCCUCUGUCUAUCCUUAACCAUAUCCCCCAACCCAGCUCUUCUCUAUUUCUCUUCUCACUGUAAUGUUCAUCUUUGAACAGGGGGUCAGCCAGCUAGAUGCUAAAGAGGAGCCUGCAGUCUGACACAUUUAAAAACAUGCAUACUUAUACAUCAUAUAUAUAUACAUUCAGUGGUGCAACGAUAGAUGUGCAAAGUGUGUGUCUGCGUGUAGGCAUACAGGCCAAAAACCGCAUAUAAUGGAGUGUACAUUGUCUAUGUCUAAAAUUGCACAGUAAUAAAAAAGAGUUGUGCAUACUUGUA